UGCGAAGCCGCUGUAAGCGUUGCCGUCUCCUCAGCCUUUCCUUCUGGCCGGUAACUGGAGCACCGAGCCGGGCGCGCUCUUUGCUUUGCUUCCCGGGGCGGCCCGCGCCAUUAUGUCUCGUGCCGUCCCGCUCCUCUUGAUGCUGCUCUGCUUGGCCCAGCGGCGCGCCUCCCUCGCCGGGCCCACCGCCUCGUCCCUGGAGAGCGCGGCGGACCCCUGCCUCAGCCAGCCCUGCAAGAACAACGGCACCUGCACGCCGGUCUUAGCUAAACUGCCCGCCGCGCCCCACCGCCUGCCGUUGCUUUUUCUUUCCCCUCAGCCUGCUUAUAGCUGCCUCUGUCGCCCGGGGGUCACCGGCACCGAAUGCCAGUUUGUUUCAGAUCCAUGUGCCAGCAACCCUUGUCACCAUGGCAACUGCACUAGUAAUGGGGAUGGAUAUCUCUGUGUUUGUAAUACUGGAUAUGAAGGUACAAACUGUGAAUAUUCAUUUUAUGGUUCCCCAGUGUCUGGGUGGACAGAAUCAGAGUUGCCAAGUGAAAAUAGGCCAGGAGCAACCACCAUGGAACCGGACAUUAUCCUGCCACGAGUUCAAGCAACAGUGACACUACCGACAUGGGAACCCAAGGAGGGACAAAAACUUGUAGAUCUGAAAUGGGAUGAAGUAGAGGUAAUCCCUGACAUAGCCUGUGGAAAUGCCAGCUCCAAUAAUUCUGGUGGGGGUCGCCUAAUAUCCUUUGAAGUUCCACAAAAUACUUCAAUAAAAAUAAGGCAAGAUGCCACUGCUUCCCUUAUCCUAUUAUGGAAGGUGACCACAGAAAGGUUUAAACAAUGCUCACUUAUAGAUGCCACAAGCAUUACUCUUCUCCAAGCAAUGGGUGGACUUGUCCUAGCAGAGGAGAUGCUGGAAUUGGGAAACAACUUUUUCAUUGGUUUUGUGAAUGAUUCUGUUUCCAAAUGCAUUGUGGCAUUACGCUUGACAGUCAUAGUAAAGGUCAGCAUGUGUUUGCCUGGAGGAAUCCAGUCUGAUGGCUUUCAGUGUUCUGGGAAAGGCAAAUGCAUUACAAGACCGUCCGAGGCAACAUUUUUCUGUGACUGUGACAAUGAAUACCUGGGUGUUUUCUGCGAAGAAUUUAAUGCCUGUCAAAGCAACCCUUGUCAGAAUAAUGGAACUUGCAUGGAUAUGGCAGAAAAACAUGUUGGAAAAAAUUUCUCCUGUACUUGUCUUCCUGGAUAUACUGGGGGAAUGUGUCAGUCAGAGAUUGACUAUUGCAUUCAACAGCCUUGCAAGAAUGGAGGGACCUGCUAUUCUAGUAGCAGUAAAUUCAAUUGCCAAUGUCCAGAAGGAUUCGUGGGACCAACUUGUGCAGACAAAGUCGAUUAUUGUGCUUCAUUUCCUUGUCAGAACAAUGGGACCUGUUAUAUAGAUCGACUCUCCUAUUCUUGCAGCUGCAGUCCAGGUUUUACAGGACCUACCUGUGCCCACCUGAUUGACUUCUGUGCUCUGAAUCCUUGUGCUCAUGGCAUUUGUCGCAGUGUUGGAACAAGUUAUAAAUGUCUCUGUAUUCCAGGUUACCAUGGUCUUUACUGUGAGGAGGAAUAUAAUGAGUGUCUUUCAGCCCCUUGUCAGAAUGGAGCUACCUGUCGAGACCUUGUCAAUAGCUAUGACUGUGUAUGUCUUCCUGAGUAUGAAGGAAGACACUGUGAAUUAUAUAAAGAUCCUUGUGUAAAUAUCAGCUGUCAGAAUGGUGGGACUUGUGACAGUGAAGGGCUAAAUGCUACCUGUAUCUGUGCACCUGGAUUUACAGGUGAAGAAUGUGACAUCAAUAUAAAUGACUGUGAGAGUAACCCUUGUCGCCAUGGAGGACUGUGCAUAGACCAACCUAAUGGAUAUAGUUGUCAUUGUCCCCGUGGAUGGGUUGGUGCAAACUGUGAAAUACAUUUACAGUGGAAAUCAGGGCACGUGGCUGAGAGUCUGACAAAUAUGCCUCGGCAUUCUCUGUAUAUCAUAAUUGGAGCCCUGUGUGUAGCGUUUGUCCUGAUGUUGAUCAUUCUCAUCGUGGGGAUCUGUCGCAUCAGUCGUAUUGAAUACCAAGGUUCAUCUAGGCCAGCCUAUGAAGAAUUCUACAACUGUAGGAGCAUUGACAGUGAUUUCAGCAGUGCUAUUGCUUCUAUCCGACAUGCCAGAUUUGGAAAGAAAUCUCGCCCUGCAAUGUAUGAUGCAACUCCAAUUGCUUAUGAAGACUACAGCCCUGAUGACAAGCCUUUGGUUACAUUGAUUAAAACAAAAGAUUUGUAAUCUAUUUAACAGUUGUUUUGGGGAGGGGAUUAUUUUUCAAAAGGAUGGGCUACUGAAUUAAUUCAAUAUUUUUAAGAUGAAGCAAGUGUAUGAAAAUUAAAAUGUUUAGCUGCUCCAGAAUUUUCUGUAGAUUAUUUAAGAACAGGUUUUCUGCAGCUUUUUGUUUGAAGGAAAUAUUUUAAACGGAAUUUGUGAAAUUUAUUAUUUCUCUUUUACUGUACUUCAGCAUUAGAAACUCUAAUCUUAACAAGUAGUGUGUUGUUGCUUUUACCAAUCUCAGAUGAGUACAGGCAGAAUAUGGUAUAUUAAGCAAUGAAAAUUUCUCCUUAAUGUAACAGUGGCAGCAUUCUUAGUAGAAUUAGGAAAAAUGUAAAACUUGAUAUAUUCAUUAUUGAAAAAAUGAAGUCCGAAAUGUUUGUGUUUGUGAAAAGGAAUUUAGUAAAAAUUAUUAUUCUUAAACUGAA